AUGUCAAAGGUUGUACUUGAGCUGUGUCGGUGGUCCAGUAGUGUAGCGGUUAUCACGUCUGCUUUACACGCAGAAGGGCGACGGUUCGAUCCCGUCCUGGAUCACGCAAAAUUUUGCGUUUGUUUGCCAUCACAAAAAGAAAUCAAUGAAAAGAAUAAUAAUACUUAUUCAUGGCAAUCAUUCAUAUCAAACGUCGAUACAUGCAUGGGUAAAAUUAGAACAAUUACUGGCAUUGAUCCUAAUUUUCGCAAGAAUAUGGACCGACUAACACAAACAGCUCAAUUUGAUGAAAUCGACAGAAUCUUCAGAAAUAAAGUUACUUGA